AUGUCGCGAUCUUUGUCCAGAGAUCCUCACUCUCAUCCUCAAGUCCAGGAUUCCAAGAUGACGCAGCCAAAUGAACCACCCACAGCCUCUCCCUUGGCAAUCACGCUGCGCAAUCGCGUCCUCAGUCCCCCUCUCGGCUUCAACCCGCCCAACACCUCGCCAACGCUCUACACCUCAGCAGUCGCCCAUUUCCUCUCAAUCCCGUGGUGUGCAUGCCUGAUUCAAACGCCAAACACAGUCCCCUUCGUUCCUCAAUGCUUCAAUCCCCUCAGCCCAUCUCACGACCAGCUCCUCGGCGCCACGCUGGCCACGCCGCGCGGAGUGCAGCAGGUGCUCUCCUUCUUCCACACAGAAGAUGAAACGCAUAUUCAGGACCCCUCGCGUCCCAUUAUGCACGUGAGCACUCUUUUCGCCCUGGGCGAGGGCGUGUGUGGAUACGAGGGCGUGUUACACGGGGGAAUGGUCAUGACCAUGGCGGAUGAGUCCAUGGGAGUUCUGCACGACAUCAACAAUGCUCUUGGCAAGGUGGGAUCUACGUUUGGCGCGGCAAAUGUAACGGCCAGUCUUGAAAUUAAGUUUCUGAAGCCUGGCCCAAUCAACGAGACGGUACUGGUCAACGCAUGGGUGGACAGCGUGGAGGGGAGAAGAACAAACAUCAAGUGCGAGAUCCGGGACGGAAGAGGCAUCGAGAUUGCAAAAUGCACGAGCACCUGGGUGUCGGUGAGGCCCAAGUUAUAA